UAUUGCUGACAUAGCGGUGCUGAGUUUGCACGGAUACUCGUGAGCCGGUUGACUUAUCUGCCUAUUCGUCGCCCUUUCAACUACCUUCCCGACAAAAUGUUCGCCCGCUGCCUUGCGACGAUGGGAUCUCGCCUCAGCGGUGGUAUUCCCGCCUCAAGGUGCCUGAGUCUUCUACAGCGGGACGUAGCUCCCCGCGUUCUAGCAGCCCUCCCGUAUGCCUCCGCCGAGGCUUUCCGCGACGUGUCUUCGAUCAAGGACCGUAUGGAAGCCGCGAACAAGGCCCUUAAAGAGGACAAGAUGAUGUGCUACCAGUGCGAGCAGACAAAGGGCGGAAAGGGAUGCACGGAAAUUGGCGUUUGCGGUAAGACACCCGAGGUUGCUGCCCUGCAAGACCUUUUGGUGUAUUCCGUCAAGGGCCUGGGAAGCUUGGCGCAUAUCGCUCGCACCACUGCCGGCAUCGAGGAUGCGCGAGUUAACACCUUUAUCAACGGCGCCAUCUUCUCCACCCUCACCAACGUCAACUUUGCUGACGACCGCUUCCUCGAGUUUGUGACGGAGUGCCGACAACUGCACGCCGAGCUCGCUGCCAAGCUCGCCGCUGCGGGUGUCACGCUGCCAGCCGAGGCCACGCAGUCCCAGCCCUGGUUCGGCUCCAUGCCUCAUCCUUUGGCCUGGAACUCGGCUGCGGUUGCUCUGGGCGGCGUGGGCGACAUGAUUGAGGUUGGCCAGCAGACCGGCGUCACAGCACGUCAGCAGGUGCUGGGCGAGACGCUAGCCGGCCUGCAGGAGCUGCUCACGUACGGGCUUAAGGGGCUGUGCGCCUACGCCCACCACGCUGAGGCGCUGGGACACAACGACCCCGCCGUGUACGCCGCCGUGCAGGAGUCGUUGCACUUCCUGUCCACCCCCGCCGCCGCCGACGUGGGUGCCGUACUGGACCACUGCUUCCGCGCCGGCGCCACCAACUUCCGGGUCAUGGAGAUGCUGUCGGUCGCGCACACCUCCACCUUCGGCCACCCCGAGCCUACCUCCGUCACCCUCAACCCGCUGCCCGGCAAGGCGAUUCUGGUGACGGGGCACGACAUGCACGACCUGCACCUGCUGCUGGAGCAGACGCAGGGCAAGGGCAUCAACGUGUACACGCACGGAGAGAUGCUCCCCGCACACGGCUACCCCGGCCUCAAGAAGUACCCCCACCUGGUCGGCCACUUUGGCGGCGCCUGGUACCGCCAGAAGAUCGACUUCGCCGGGUUCCCUGGAGCCAUCGCGGUGACCACCAACUGCGUGCUGGACCCGCUGCAGGCGUACAAGGAGAACAUCUUCACCAUUAACGAGACGGGUCUGGCGGGCAUCCCGCACAUCCGCGCCGACGCCUCGGGCCACAAGGACUUCAGCCCCAUCAUCAAGCGCGCGCUGGAGCUGCCCGGCUUCACGCCCGAGGCGGUGGAGAAGGCGCCCAAGAAGAAGAACGUCACGGUGGGUUUCGGCCACAACGCGGUGCUCAGCGUGGCGCCGCAGGUCAUCGAGGCCAUUCAGAGCCGCAAGCUGGAGCAUAUCUUCCUGGUGGGCGGCUGCGACGGCUCCGAGCCGCAGCGCAAGUACUACUCCAAGCUCUACCAGUACAUGCCCAGCAACACCAUGGUGCUCACGCUGGGCUGCGGCAAGUUCCGCAUCUUCGACCAGGACUUUGGCACGCUGCCGGGCACAGACCUGCCGCGCCUGCUGGACAUGGGGCAAUGCAACGAUGCCUACAGUGCGCUGGUAGUAGCAACCGAGCUGGCCAAGGUCUUCAAGACCGACGUCAACAGCCUGCCCCUCUCGCUGGACCUCUCCUGGUUCGAGCAGAAGGCGGUGGCGGUGCUGCUCACGCUGCUGCACCUGGGAGUGCGCAACAUCCGGCUGGGACCCCGCCUGCCCGCCUUCCUGACGCCCGAGGCGGUCAACGUGCUGGUUGAGAAGUUCAACCUCAUCCCGGCCAACGUGGCGGACCCGGCGGCCGACAUGAAGAUGAUGAUGCAGUGCAAGUAAAGGCAUGGGCUGGGAGGGGGAUGAAUAGGUUGCAAGCAGGGCGAUAUCGAUUUCGGGAAUGUGUUGGUUUGGGAAGUAUAAUGGCAUGUGAACAAAGCAUCUUCCUAUGUCAGUUUUGGGUCGAUGAAGUAUGGUUUGGACCGGAUAGAUGGAGUGGGUGUGCCCCAGUAAUGGUGCAUGGGCAUGAAUAAGAUACAUAUACAGGAUGACCUGUGGCGCCUGCAUGGGUACGAAUGCCGUGGUGUUUGUAUGAGUACGGUUUGACGCAGGUGUCGGGUCAUCUGUACGCAACUGUACAUAAGAUAUCAUUUGUAGGGGGUGACGACCUUGGUAGUGUCACGAUAACAGCGACAUUAGGUACCAACACGUAUUUACUGCUAAGAAGGGAAUGCGAAAAUCUCUUUUGACGUAACCAUCUAUGACCGCCGUCAGGAAUUCUGGAUCUAAUAACCGAUUUUUCAUCGCCGUGCUCGAGACCCAGUCAAAUCGUGUAUAAUUGUUAACUGACGUUGGCCGCGUGGAGUGUCGUAGAUGACGUUGUGGCAACUAUCCUGCUGCAUGUACAGCGUGGCAAACAUCUUCGGGCAUACAAGCCUGUGCCGUAGCUGCCAUCCUAGCGCAAAUAGAAAUGAUUACGAUGGUGUAAUAACCAUCAUGUAACAAAUAAUUGCUCCUUAUUGUGUUCACCGAAAAGAGGAUUAUGUGCU